GCCUGUCAGACAGGCUAAGCUCGUGUUGUUUUGGUCAGAGUUCCGUGUUUACUGAACAGGAUGGAACCCAAAGCCGAGUCUCACAAGCUGAUCUUCGAGAAGGAGGGUGUUUACCUCCACACCAAUGCCAAGAAGAGCAACGAGGAGACCUCCAUCCCCGGAUUCAUCCGGAUCGUGGAGCGGGACGGUGAGCCGGCGUUGGAGUGGACUCCCGUUCACAGUGACGGCAAGAACGCGCCCGCUGUCUUCUACGCCAGAAAGGACGGCGACGGCGGCGAGGAGGAGACGAAGUUCGACCCGGGUUACGAACCAGACUGGGCUGUGAUCAGCACAGUGAAACAGAACCGAGCGAAGGAGCAGCUCCCCACCACAGACACGGGUCACUGGGGGUCGUUCUCCCUGCCCCUGUCCCAGCUCUACUCCCUGCGCCGUGCCCGUUUUUCUCUGGGCAGGAACUUUAUGGUGUUGACCAGCCGUGGGGGCGACCCGCUGCCUCCGCUGCACUUCCACAGGGGCGGCACCCGGGAGCUGCUCCGAGCCAUGCAGAGAUACAUCAGACUGGCCCCGUCUCCGGUGGAUGCUCGGCUGUUCCUGGCGUAUCCUCACGACUCAGACGCUCUGUCUCACUCGUUCGACGAGCUGCAGUUCGACGACGCCAGCUCGGACCUCGUCUCUGUACGUUCUCUGCCAAGGUUCAUCCAAGACCCGUACGCUACCACGUUCGGCGGAUUCUCCAAGGUGACAAACUUCUUCAAGGGGGCCCUGAGACCCCCGGAGUCGCCUCACCACACGCACCCGGACUCUCACGCUCCCCGCUGUGCUGACGACGAGCCCGGAUUCGAGCUCAUCACCUGCCAGGGGGCGGAGUUGGGACCACGACCUGAGGUGACCAGGGGGCGGCCGCUGGAUAACUGGGAACGCUUUCUGGACUCGGAGGGCCGUGUCACGGAUCCGCAAAAAGUCAAGGAGCUGGUGUUCAGAGGGGGCAUCGCUUCUUCUCAGAGAAAGGAGGUGUGGAAGUUCCUGCUCGGGUUCUACCCCUGGAACAGCACAACCAAAGAGCGGGAGGACAUCAUCAGAGUGAAAACGGAUGAGUAUUUCAGGAUGAAGGUCCAGUGGAAGUCGAUCAGUGAAGAACAGGAGAUGAGAAACUCUCUCCUCCGAGGAUACCGCAGCCUCAUCGAGCGAGACGUGAACCGGACAGACAGACAGCACCCGUUCUUUUCGGGGAACGAGAACCCAGGGCUCACACUGCUUCACGACGUGCUCAUGACCUACUGCAUGUACAACUUCGAUCUGGGUUAUGUCCAGGGUAUGAGUGAUCUGCUGGCCCCACUCCUCUUCAUCACCCAGAAUGAAGUGGAGUCUUUCUGGUGUCUGACCGGAUUUAUGGAGCUACUGCAUCAGAACUUUGAGGAAUCCCAGGAAGCGAUGAAACAGCAGCUUCUUCAGCUCAGCAUUCUUCUGAAAGCGCUUGAUCCUGAGCUCUGUGAUUACCUGGACUCUCAGGACAGCGGCUCUCUGUGCUUCUGUUUCCGUUGGCUGCUGAUCUGGUACAAGCGAGAGUUCAGCUUCGAGGACAUCCUGCACCUCUGGGAGGUUCUCUGGACCUGCCUGCCAUGUGCAAACUUCCACCUCCUCAUCGCCUGCGCCAUCCUGGAGUCCCAGAGAGGAGAGCUGAUCGGCUCCAACCACGAUUUUAACACGAUCCUCAAGCACAUCAAUGAGCUGAACAUGAGGUUGGAUCUACAGGCCUUGCUAAAGGAAGCGGAGGGCAUCUACCUGCAGCUUCUCCAAUGCAAGGAGCUGCCUGUGAAGGUUCAGGAGGUUUUGGGUCUGUAUCACCCCCCCAGCUCGGAGGAGCACAGUCCAGAUUCGGAGCCCAAAGAGACGGACAAGCUGCUCUGCCAAUCGAGCAGCAUGAACGCGUCAGCUUCAGCUCGGCCGCCUCCUACCUACCCGUAAUCACCAUGGCUAAAUGAUCGGAUCGUUCGUGCAGACGGAUGGCGAACGUUUGUGUGGUGGUGUGUUAUUUCUGGACGUUUUUUGAGGCAUUCCGUAAAGCUAAAGGGAAUUUUAAGCUCGUGAACGCAGUAUUUCGCAGUAUGUGAAGGGACGAGUAGCUGUAAAGCACUACUGUAAUUCUGAUUAUUAAGUGUGAGCGAUGGAACGUUGUGUUGAGAAUGCAUGAGGGACGAGAGUGGAUGUUUAAGGACUUGUGUGAUUGUGCGUUCUGGCCUGCUUUCUCAUCUCGGUGUGGUGUGAUCUGUUAAUGUCCGUGACUUCUGGUUGACGUGAACGAACCGACCCUGCAUCCUGUCUGACGUCGCUUCGGUUUUAACCUGCUUUAGUUCUUUCAUAGUACUGUAACAUACGAAGAAAAGAUAUGCACGAAAAUACUACAAUAUAUAUGUAUAUAUACAAUACAUGCAGUGGCCUUUUUAUUAGGAACACCGUACUAAUACUGACAAGGAUCCCCUUCACUCUCAGAACACUAUUUGUUGGAAAGGCACUUUCGAAUUCUCUGUCUAUCCUGACAUUUUUGAUUCAGAUCAGAUACCUGGGAAGGCUAUUGAAGUACUCAUUGUCAGGAUCUGUUACCUUACCCCAAGGUUCGAUAUGCUGCGUGUUCUAAGAUGCUUUUUCACUAGUGCUUACUCAACAAGGUGUUUCCACCUGCACAGCUGCCGUUAAUCGCAUUAUUUUCUCGUGUAGAAUUUAGAGACUGUUGCACAUUCUAUUCUGAUGCUUGAUGUGAACACUAAACGAAGCUCUUGAUUCAUGCCCGGAUGAUUUUAUGUGUUGCGUCGCUGCCCCACCACGCCUGAGAAGAAUGUACAAGUGUUCCUAAUAAAGUGGCCGGUCACUUUGUCAGAGAUGUAUAGUAAAAGUGUAUUUUUUUUUGUGUAUUAGUUUUGUUUUUAACCAUAACUUUAUUCAAAUUGCAUUUAACCGAAUGACUCUUGAAUAAAAUAUAUAAAGACUCUUGGGUCUUUUUUUCAUGGUA